ACGGCGGACUCGGCAUUUGUUUGGGGGCUGCCGGCCGCAUCGCCCAUCGCUGGCCGUUCUCUGUCCUCCGGGCACUCAUCACCAUGGGAGUAGCGUUGACUCGAGCUGCUCAGUGGACUGCGGCUGGCACCGGCGUCGGCAAGUUGGAAUUCACGCCCUUGAAUGUGUCCCUGAUGAAUGACAUUAUUAAAUUUGUUGACAAUGUGAACUCCAAGCAUCCCCAAGAAGCGGCCUUAAUGUUUCGAGAAGCUCUGGAAUGGUCGUCAGGAAUAGAUCCAUCUGCUUUUGGGUCAGAUUAUGAAACUAGUAAAGGAGCUUUAGUAUCAAAAGAAAACGUGGAUGGGAUCCCUUUACUAAAUUUUCAGACUUCUUCGGGUUAUAUUAAAAUAUUCUCCUUUAAUCAGCUGGCUAAGUUUCUGGAAAUAGCUCAGAAGGAAAAACUGAAAGAAACUCAAGUUUGUUUGGAAGCAAACAGAGAUCCAAUAGCAAAGAUUCUAGGCCCUAGUUUUGCGACAGUGGAAGGAGAGGACAGCUCUAUGUUGCGUUUACUGGAAAAAGUGAAGAAAGGCAGUGAAGAGCCUUUGGCUGAAGUUCAAAUGAAAUUAUUUCUUCUUCUCCAACAGUUGGAUAUGCAGCUUCUUAAUACUUCUUUACAAAAAAUUUCACAAGAAGUGCGGCUGAACCCCCAGGCUAUAAAGAAUGAUGUACAAUUGCUCCAGUCUUUCUCUGGUGAAGAAGACAAGUCUGUUUUAAAAUCCAUCAGCUACACAUCAGAGUAUGAAUUUUCUAAUGGAUGCAGAGCCCCACCUUGGAGGCAGGUAUAUGGAGAUAUUUGCUACCUCAUUAUUAUCACUCAUGACACGAAUGUCCUGUAUGUCACCUGUAGCACAGCUGGAGUUUUUGAAAAUGGGGGCUUUAAGAAGGACAGUGAAGAUAUUAUCUAUGAUAGAAAAGGUGAUAUCUACAAGGAUCUACUUACAUUUCUCAAAGAAAAAUCUCCUACCUUUGCCCAAAAUCUUACUCAGAUUCAACAGAACUUUGCACUACAAAAGAAAUCCACAAAUACUCGUAAGAUCCAGAAAACAGAAGUACUUACUGGCGACGAAUUUGAUCAGAGUGAAAAAUUUAGUGAUCAGGAUAAGAAUAAACUUGAGAGAAAAAAACUGCUUCCAAAGUCUAAGAUAAGGGAUGCAAAAAGAGAAGAAUAUAUCCUAAAGCGCCUGGAUUCAUCUCAUCAACAGUUCUCAAAAGAUGACAAAACUCAAGCAAAAGAUCAGGCUGCCAGCAAGGCUGCACAAGACAAAGAAAAUGAUGACAUAAUUACAAUCAAAAGAUACAAGUGCAAAGCAUCUCGAGAAAAGAAACUUGCAUUAAAGAGAAUUGGUUCCUUAGAGACAGACAACAUAGAUGAAAGUUCCACAGAAAGUGAGGAAGAGCUGCAAGAAAUGGAUAGACAACAUGAAUCCAACACUGAUUUACCUUCUGAAUAUUGGCAGAUCCAAAAAGUGGUGAAAUACCUGAAGGGUGGCAACCAAACAGCUACUGUUAUUGCCUUAUGCUCAAUGAGAGACUUUAAUUUGUCCAGUGAGACAUGCCAGUUGGCCAUUCGAGAUGUGGGUGGUCUUGAAGUUCUGGUUAACUUGUUAGAUACAGAAGACAUCAAAUGCAAGGUUGGUUCUUUGAAGAUCCUGAAAGAAAUUAGUAAAAAUCCACAAAUUCGGCGAUGCUUAGCAGAUCUAGGUGGCAUAGAGACUUUGGUGAACAUUUUGGACUCCCCCAAUAAAGAUCUCAAAUGUUUGGCAGCUGAAACUAUUGCCAAUAUAGCCAAGUUCAACAAAGCAAGGCACACAGUCAGGCUUCAUGCUGGAAUUCAGCGUCUGGUUGGUCUUUUGAACUGUGCUCCAAUACUUUCAGCUCAUCUAACUGAAGAGCAAAAGAAAGAUAUUGAAGUUGCACGUUGUGGUGCUCUUGCACUUUGGAGCUGCAGUAGAAGUAGAAAAAAUAAGGAAGCAAUCCGUAGAUCUGGUGGUAUUCCUCUGCUGGGAUGCUUGUUGAAGUCUCCUCAUGAAAAUAUGCUUAUUCCAGUUGUUGGCACAUUACAAGAAUGUGCUUCAGAGCAAAGUUAUAGUUUGGCCAUUCGAACAGAAAAUAUGAUAAAGGACUUAGUGCGUAAUCUUAGCAGUGGAAGUGAGGAGCUUCAAACUCAUUGUGCCCGUGCCAUUUUCAAGUGUGCAGAGGAUGAAGAAACUCGUAAUCUUGUUCGUGCUCAUAAUGGACUAGGACCACUGGUCAAACUCUUCAGCAAGACUGACAAUAAAGAGCUGUUAGCAGCUGCCACGGGAGCUGUCUGGAAAUGUGCCAUAAGUAUGGAGAAUGUCAACAGGUUUAAAAGUUUAAAAAUCGUUGAAACAUUGAUUCGUCUGCUGGUUGGCCAACCCGAGGAAGUCCAAAUCAAUGUCGUCGGAGCAUUGGGACAAUGUGCACGAGACCGGACUAUUCGUGCUACUAUCAGAAGAUCUGAGGGAAUCGAACCACUGGUUAAUCUUCUAACUGGAACGAAUAAUGCUCUCCUAGUAAAUGUUACUAAAGCAGUGGGAGAAUGUGCUGUUGAUCCUGAAAAUAUGGCGAUAAUUGAAUCCCUGGAUGGAGUUCGGUUGCUAUGGUCUUUACUCAAAAAGCCGAAUGCAGAUAUUCAAGCAAGUGCAGCUUGGGCAAUCUGUCCUUGCAUAGAAAAUGCCAAGGAUGCUGGAGAGAUGGUUCGCUCCUUUGUUGGUGGUCUUGAAUUAAUUGUUAAUUUGCUAAAAUCCGACAACAUAGACGUUCUGGCCAGUGUUUGUGCAGCUUUAGCCAAAAUCGCCAUGGAUGAAGAAAACCUAGCAGUUAUAACAGAUCAUGCAGUUGUUCCAAUGUUGUCAAGUUUAACAUACAUAAGAGAUGACAAGCUUCGCGAACAUUUAGCAGAUGCUAUUGCUUGCUGUUGCAAGUGGGGUAACAACAGGGUUGCAUUCGGACAAACUGGAGCCGUGGCCCCACUGGUUCGUUACCUGAAAUCAAAAAAUCCACUUGUGCAUCGUGCCACAGCACAAGCCCUGCACCAACUUUCAUUUGAUCCCAAGAAUUGUAUUACAAUGCAUGAGAAUGGUGUGGUGAGGCUCCUUUUGAAUUUGAUGGAAUCCACAGAUGACGUUCUGCAGGAAGCUGCUGCCGGUUGCAUUGGAAAUAUUCGUAGGCUCGCUCUGGCUAAUGAGAAAGCCCGCUACAAGUGAAAAGUGUGUGCACUCCACAUUUCCUAUCUCAGGAGUGAUUACCUGUGCAGGUAUAAUAAAAGAAAGAUUUACUUAGUUAAGCUGCUAAAUGUACAUGAAAGACAUUCUGCAGGAGUUAAAAUAAAUCAGAUGCCAAUGGAAGCACAAAAGCAGUUUCUGAUUUCCUAAAAAAUCACAUGAAGAUAAAUUAAUUCUAUGACAGUGCUGCUGAAGGUUUAAAAUAUUUUUUUGCUUUUUAAAAACAAAGAAUGUUUUUAGAUGUUAGAAAAAUGCUAGCAGUUUCUUCUUGAAGAUCUAAAUGGUUGGGAAUUUACCGACAGCAGAUUUUUCCCAUAAAAUAAAAAUAUAAAUGUCCUCAU